AUGGAGACUCUAUUGGCUCAUUCCUUUGAUUAUCUUUCCUCAUACGAGCCCAGCAAGGUCCGCAAGGGCCUGCGCCAGGUCGAGGGCCUGCUCGCGCAAAUUUGUCUUUCCAAAUCAAGACCUUCCACCGAUCGACGGAAGUCCUAUCUGGCCGUCGAGGCGCAGCCGGUGCCGAAGGAGCUAUCCGAAUUGCGCGAUGACCCAGCAUUUAGGGAAUUUUUUAAAUUACAAGAAAGCUUCCAAUGGAAUGUCGCGAUGCGCUUAGUAUCCUGCCUAGAGCACCUGCUCGGCCGCGGUAGCAAUGGCACCAACGAUAUGCUCAUCGUCUGCACUCUCGAUCUAAUCCAAGGCGCUUUGCUCUUGCACCCACCAUCGCGGACUCUAUUCGCGCGUGAAAUUUACAUGAAUCUUCUCCUCGACCUCCUCGACCCGAUCAAUUGUCCAGCCAUUCAAUCAGCUACUUUGUUGACCCUCGUCACCGCUUUACUGGACUGCCCCUCAAACACCCGUACUUUUGAAGAACUCGACGGUCUUCUCACCAUCACAUCACUGUUCAAGCAACGCGCCACUUCUCGUGAAGUCAAGCUCAAAUUGGUCGAGUUCCUGUAUUUUUAUCUCAUGCCUGAAACACCGAUCCUGGCCGGAGGCAGCCCACCGGCUCUGCAGCGCAGCCCCAACAAGCUCUCCGCCCGCCCAUCGAGCUCGCAUGCAUCCGCGGCAGGCGGGGCCAAGAUGAUCCGCGACACACGCACUACCGACGAGAAGCAGGCGCUACUAGGCCGUUACCUGAAUAACGUCGAGGAUCUGGUGGAGGACCUCAAAGAGACCGCACCGUUUGGAGCAACGGUAUAUUGA